GUGUGAGUGAGACACUGAAAUGAAGAAUGCAAAAGCUUUGGAGCGAAGACGAAACCCUCUUUCGGAUCUCACCAAUUCUAACCCUUCCAAACCCAAUCCCCUUCCAUCGUCGUCUUCUUCCUCUUCCACAUUCAACACCACACGCGGUACAGUUGGCCUUCAUGUUUCUGAGCCAAUUUCCGCAUUCUGCAACCGAAUUCAUACUCUCAAUGAAAAGAAAAGGAAAAUUAAAAAAACAAUGACGAAUCCAAAGUUCUCUACUAUUCGAGAUAAAAGUGAUGGAGUUGAGCUUGAAGGUUUGGACCUACCUAAGGCUAGUCUGCUAACAGUCCGUUGCAGGAAGAAGCGACGUGCUGUGUCUAAUGAACAAGACGUGUCCAAGGAUGCACAGCUGCAAGAUUAUAUUGAAAAACAGAACGCCUACUUUAAAGAGAUCGAUGAAUUUGAACUACCGGAGGAGGAGGUUGAAUCUGUUAAUGAGCUGGAUUAAUUAGAAUACGUGUAAUGAGACUGGCAGCUUGAGAAUCUUUCUAAUCCAUGUUUUGGUUAGUUGUGAUAUCGCAGUGAAAAUAAUGAUAACUAGGCUAAUAUAUAAAUGUUAGAGAAAUCUUCCCAAUUGUUGUCUAAUGGGUAGAAAUCAAAGGAAAAGUUGUUUGACACUGACCAAUUACACUUACACGUUAAUUGAAACGUAUCUUGUUUCACUCGUAUAAUUCAUGAAUUUGUGAUUGGAUUUGGAUAUGUCAUGCCUUGUUUUACAUUUACAUUGAUGAUUGCUCGGAGCCUUUAUUAGCCUGGCGCAAAGAGAUCUAGACUUUCUGGAAUUUUAACUCGACAAUCGUUAAAUCUCAUCUAGUUGCAUUCCUGAUUCAUAGUUACAGGAUCCAUAUACUCCAUACAACAGUUUAAACAAAUUUAACAAAUGGCAUUGAUGCGAAUAUUUUCAUCUGACUUCUUGAUGAACGUGGAGAUUACAUUAC